AUGAUUGCUGAUACGGAUCCCCGACUCCAGGCCCUCCUGGCCUCACUUUUUACGUGGGGAGUGACUGCACUUGGAGCAGCUCUUGUUUUUGUCUUGCCAGCACAGAAUAACACAUUUCUAGGUCGGUUAUGUUUCUCUUAACCCUUGCUUAGAUGUCAGUUUGGGAUUCGCAGCUGGAGUGAUGACGGCCGCCUCAUUUUGGUCACUUCUGGCUCCAGCUAUCGAGAUCUCCGAGGCUACGAGGGGCUCGUGGGCAUUUGUUCCAGUGGCCCUUGGAUUCGGAUUGGGUGCUCUUUUUGUGCAUCUUUCUGAUAAACUUAUUCCUUCGUAAGGGAGUUUCAAUGGUUUCCCUCAAAGUUUUACAGAUGUGUUGUAGCCGAGAUGUCUGUGAUCAGUGUUCUGACCAAUGAGUGCGCCGAGAGCGAUGGAAUCACACUGGAACCGACGAGUUCCCAAGAAAUUAACCGGUAUAAUGAAUUGAGACAACGAAAGGUCCCUUCCAGAAUCUUGCCAGAUCCUCAAACAAAGAUGUUGCCUGAGCAGCACCGUGAAGAAAAGGAGAAGACUCAGAAGGAAAGAGUCCUCUCAUGGAGGCGGAUAUUGUUGUUGAUUAUGGCCGUCACUGUCCACAAUAUUCCAGAAGGCCUUGCUGUUGGGGUUGGAUUCGCAUCGGUUGGUAAAACGCCAGCCGCCACAUUCGAAAAGGCCUUCAACCUGGCCUUGGGUAUUGGAUUACAGAAUUUCCCCGAGGGGCUAGCCGUGUCUCUGCCCUUGGCUGGAUUUGGAGUUGGCAAGUUUAAGGCCUUCUUGUGUGGCCAAUUCUCUGGAAUGGUGGAACCGAUUGCUGCCGUUCUUGGGGCGUUUGCUCUUAUUUUAAUGGAGCCAGCGUUGCCUUAUGCUCUCAGUUUCGCUGCAGGUGCAAUGAUUUACGUCGUGUUCGAUGACAUCAUUCCAGAAGCACAGAGGAAUGGAAAUGGCAAAUUGGCUUCCUGUGGAGCGAUCAUCGGGUUCCUGGUCAUGAUGUGCAUGGAUGUCGGGCUCGGAUGA